AUGUGCUACUUCCCCUUCCGUUCCAUGGGUGCCAUGCUCCCUGCUGCCUACCACCUCCAUAUCAGCCUUGUCCUCUCGGUCAGGCUCCUGCUGCACGUCCACACCAACCGUUGUGCCCUGCAAAGCAGAAAGAUACCUUGGGUUGAGUUUCAAGCACAGGCCAGUAAGUGCCCCAUCAGGGAACCUCUUCAUACUUCUCAGAAGUAUUACAGGAGAGGGGACUUCAUGAUUGGUGCAAGUAUGUCUCAAGUGAUACUACUUUUGAAUAAUGAAUAUUCCUUCCAGGAAUAUCCUACUCCAGAUUCUGGAUCUCCCAUCAUAGUGACAAAGAAUUACCAGCAUAUCCUGGCCUUGGCAUUUGCUGUUAAUGAAAUCAAUGAAAAUCCAAAGAUCUUACCUAAUGUUUCCUUAGGCUUGCAUAUCUUAGAGAGCUAUUUCACUGCAAAAAGGACCUAUUACAAUGCAAUACAGCUUCUCUCCACAUUUCAUCAUUUUGUCCCCAACUAUGAAUGUGGAAGUUAUAGCCAUCUGAUAGCAGUCAUUGGGGGAUUAGGUGCUGAAGCAUCCUUCCAUUUGACAGCCCUGCUGGACAUCUACAAACUUCCACAGAUCCAUCCCUUUCUGAGAAACAUGAGAUUUAACAACAGUGCUGGUGAAACAGUGCUUGUAAAUAAGAAUGGGGAAUUUUCAGUGGAGUUCGAUAUUACCAACAUUGUGACAUUCCCAAAUACCUCCUUUGUGAGAAUGAAAGUUGGGAAGAUGGAUCCUUGGGCUCUUCCAGGCAAAGAAUUUUACAUUAAUGAAGAUGCCAUUAUAUGGCCCACUCAUUUUAAUCAGGGGACACCACUUUCUCUCUGCAAUGACCACUGUUAUUCAGGUUAUCAAAAGGAGAAGAAGGAAGGGGAGCCAUUUUGCUGCUAUGAUUGUGUUCCAUGCCCAGAAGGGAAAAUUUCUAACCAGAGAGACAUGGAUUCCUGUUCUUCAUGCCACCAAUAUCAGUAUCCAAACACAAAGCAAAAUCAGUGUACUUCCAAGACAGUCACCUUUUUGUCUUAUACAGAACCUUUGGGGAUCAGCUCAGUGGUUUUUUCUCUUUUCUUCACUUUGAUCACAGUUUGGGUGCUAGGGAUCUUUGUCAAGCACCACUGCACUCCCAUCAUCAUUGCAAAUAACCGGAACCUGAGCUACGUGCUCCUCAUCUCCCUCUUGCUCUGCUUUCUUUGUACUUUGAUCUUCAUUGGCCAACCUGAGAAAACGAUGUGUCUUCUCAGACAAAUGAUUUUUGGCAAUGUUUUCUCACUGGCCAUGUCUUGCGUGUUGGCAAAGACCAUCACUGUGGUUCUUGCAUUCAUGGCUACCAAACCAAGAAGCAGGAUAAGGAAAUGGGUCAGGAAAAGAGUGACCAAUAACAUUGUUCUGUUGUGUUCCCUUAUUCAAGUAUGUAUAUGUAGUGUGUGGCUGGCAACCUCUCCUCCAUUUCCUGAUGUUGAUAUGGUCUCCCAGAUGAAAGAAAUUGUUCUGGAAUUUAACGAGGGGUCCGUGACUAUGUUUUACUGUGUCUUGGGUUACAUGGGCUUCCUGGCCCUCAUCAGUUUAACUGUGGCUUUUCUAGCCAGGAAUUUACCUGGCAGUUUCAACGAAGCCAAAUUCAUCACUUUCAGCAUGUUGGUGUUCUGCAGUGUUUGGUUAUCCUUUGUUCCAACCUAUCUGAGUACAAGGGGGAAAUACAUGGUCCUUGUAGAAAUUUUUUCUAUCCUUGCUUCUAGCGCAGGACUGCUGGGUUGCAUCUUCUUCCCUAAAUGUUAUAUUAUUAUUCUGAGGCCUGAAGUUAACAAAAGAAAUCUGAUAAUAAGACAAUAG